AUGGAUCAAGAAGAAAGAAUGCUUAAGACCACAAGCCAUUUAGAACCCAGUACGUCUGUCGCGGGAGAACCUGCGGUGCCGCUGAAUGCACCAUUCCAUAGACAUCUGAUGAAGAAGAAUGAUGAACAACAAUUCAAGCGCUUUCUUGAGCCCCUGAGGCAAUUGUAUAUCAACAUUCCACUUACAGAAGCCCUGGAGCAGAUACCAAAAUAUUUCAAAUUUUUUAAGGACAUUUUAGCGAAAAAAAGAAUAGUCAGCGAAACGGAAGUAAUCGCACUAACGCAGGAAUGCAACACGUUAGUAAGCAAUAGUGUACCAAAGAAACAGAAGGACCCUGGGAGCUUCACAGUUCCUUGCUCGAUAGGAGGAUUGGAUGUGGGUCAUGCGUUGUGCGAUUUGGGAGCUAGCAUUAAUCUCAUGUCUCUCUCAAUCUUUAAGAAAUUGAGAAUUGGCAAAGCACAACCCACUUCUGUUACUCUUCAGCUCGCUGACAGAACAAUCAAGUACCUAGAAGGAAAGAUUGAAGACGUUCUGGUAAAGGUUGAUAACUUCAUAUUUCCAGUAGACUUUAUUAUCUUGGAUUAUGAAGCAGAUAGGGAGGUACCGAUUAUCCUUGGACGCCCUUUCUUAGCUACUAGGAAAGUUUGA